AAGAUAGCAGAGCAAGCCAUUUUUUCUUUUCUUGUCAUCCCUUUCCCUUUUCCAACGAAUCUCUCAGAAUCAUAAAUUCAAAAAAAAAAAAAAAAAAGGCCAAAUCUCACAACUGUCACCACUAACAAUGCAUUAACCCCAACUCAACCCUUCAUAUACAACACAUAUAUACACAUAAAUAUGCUCCAGAUCUGUUCUUUCAAGAAUUCACAAAAAAAGACAUUUCGAAUCAUUAUUUGUGUAAGUUUUGCCCACACCCACCAUUACCUUUAGCACAAAUUUUUAUGUGGGGGGGCUAAAAAUUUGAUCUUUUUAUUCAAGAACUUAUUGGGUUGUUGUUUUUUGUUUCAGGGUAUAUGUAAUGUGUGCUUGUAUAUGUAGAUCUUGAGCUGGAAAUUCAUAGUUGAGAGUGUGUUGGAUUGAGGGGAAAAGGGAAGGGGGGGGGGGGGGUAUAUUUUUUUAAAAGGGGAAAAAAAAUAAAAUGGUGUUUUGGGAAGGUUAUGUGAGUGAUGAAGUGAUGGGGACAUUUGCACCAAUAGUGGUGUAUUGGUUAUAUGCAGGGUUUUAUCAACUAUUGCCACCAAUGGAUAACUAUCGUCUUCAUACUAGGAAAGAAGAAGAUGACAAGAAUGUAGUUCCACUUGGUUCUGUUGUUAAAGGGGUUCUACUUCAGCAGUUUUUUCAGGCCACUGUUGCCCACUUGCUCUUCUUGUUAACAUGUAAGGUAACUGUAUCAGAAAAUGUAGUCCAGCCCUCAAUUCCUGUUCAGAUUGUGCAGAUCAUUAUAGCGAUGUUGGUCAUGGAUACAUGGCAGUACUUUGUGCAUCGCUACAUGCAUCAGAACAAGUUUUUAUACCGCCAUGUUCACUCCCAGCAUCAUCGGUUGGUUGUGCCUUACGCGAUUGGUGCCCUUUAUAACCACCCACUUGAAGGUCUCCUCUUGGAUACCUUUGGUGGUGCUCUUUCGUUUCUUGUUGCCGGAAUGACUGCACGUACUGCUGUCAUCUUUUUCUGCUUUGCUGUGGUCAAAACGGUUGAUGAUCAUUGUGGACUCUGGCUGCCUGGUAAUAUCUUCCAUUUGUUUUUCCAAAAUAACACUGCUUACCAUGACAUUCAUCAUCAGCUCCAAGGCACAAAGUUCAAUUAUUCUCAGCCGUUCUUUCCAAUAUGGGACAAACUUCUUGGAACAUACAUGCCAUACAGACUUGUAAAAAGGCCUGAGGGUGGAUUUGAGGCGCGACUGGUGAAAGAUUAGUUGGUUUUUAUCAUUAGUCUCUGUAUGAAUCAACAUGUCUUUUGUAGGGAUAGCUACCAGUUGAGGUUGUUCACUCUAGCAGUUGACUUGGAAGGUCUACAUUCAUCAAGAUUUGAAAGUGUGCCGCAGAAAUUAGAAAUGUUCAUUCCUUUCUUUUCAGUUGACCCUGUUUAUUCUUAAUUUUUGUCUAACCUCUUGAUGAUUUGUAAGCCUAUUGUUUCUGAGCUCUUACUUUGUGCAGUAUUACUUCAACUAUUGCAACUUGCUUAUACUUUAGCAGGUUGAUUUUGUAUUGGUAUUGGAGAGUUGUGAGUUACAAGAAAUCAAGAUCAUGUAAUUAAAAUUGUUAAAACUAUGUAGUGUAAAAUUUCAUGGUCAUUGGAGUUAUUUCAAUCACCCUUGUGCUA